CUUCAUCUGUUUACUGUUUUUAUUUUUAAAUUUAAAGCUAAUUAAUUUACAGUGCAAAAACAGAUUCCUUAAAAUAUGCAAAUGCAAUCUGAAACACGAUCUUGUAUUAGAACUCAAAGUCCAAGAAAUGAUUCCAGUCUUAAUGAAAACACACAAAAAGUGGAGAACGAUAUUAUUUUGUUCUUUGAUCAAGUUGCUCAAGCAGUCGAGAAACGUAAAAUCAAGUUAUUAGACAUGCUUCAAGAAUUAAAGAACAAAAAAAUGAUUGAAACAAAUUGCCGGCAAACAAAUAGUGAUAUUAAUGGUGAUUGCUUGAGAUUCUAUGACACUGGAGAAAUAUACAAUGCUGUUGAGAAAUGUGGAAUAAUUGACGAAAAGAAAGCUUAUAGCAAAAAUACUGAGGCUUUAGGAGUUGGCUUGAAGUAUGCAAUAUGUAACGAACCAACAUUUUUUUAUUUAAAGACUUGUAAUAUAGAUGGAGAUUUGAGCUGGGUUGAACAAGAUAAAGUCUGCGUUACAAUUCAAAAUGCUAGAGAGCAAAAUUUCAAAAGUAUCUUGAAAAAUAACUGUGAUGGGAUUUAUGAAGUGUUUUAUGAAUUAAAUGAAUCUGGCAAAUACAAGAUAACAGUAAAAGUUAACAACAGUCUUAUCAACAAUUCGCCAUUUGAAUGUUGUGUUUUUGAAAAACAUGACUUAAAGUUUAGUACUGAAAGUAAGUCUGAACAGUCAAUAACAAUACAAAAAAACAAAAAUAAAAUGUUGCUUGAAGAUUCUCAAAAAGUAUCAAACUACUGUUUAAGCACCAAAAUUAUUGCCCGAGCAUGGAAAGUAAGGAUUAUACUUGCUUGUUUAAAGGUCAAAGUAAAGUUAGGUUACUAUAACAACACUCCAAACCUGCCUUAUCUUAACGAGAAAUAUUACUGCAUAUUUGAGAUUGGUGAAUUAUACUCAACCAAUGAAGUUAGGAUAUUUUCUAGAUAUAGCACAAGAUAUAAUCGAAAACAAUCUUCAUUUAAACGUUCUUCGUUAACGUUUUUAGUUAUUGAAGAUCCAAGCAACAGCUUAAUCCGCGUUGCACACGAAGAAUCGUGUACAGAAAAGAUAACUUCUAUAAAAGGAAAAAGUCAAAUUUUAAUCCCUUUCAUUAGUAUAAAUCAUUUUUGUCAUCAACGAAAUUGCCCAAGUCCAAGUUUGGUGCUUAUUUAAGUAUUUACACCGUUUUUAUUUUAAUAAUAUAAUUCAUUUCCAAAUAAAAUAUAUAGUUAAAAUUUAAUAUAAUUGUAAUCAAAUUUUUUCAUUUUCUACAUUUGGUGUUUCAAAGUAAGCUUUCAAUUUUUUUUUAAAUUUUUUUAACUGUUUUUAUCAGUGGUGGAUUAAGACUUCUUUUGGGCCCGGGGCUAUUUUUAUUUUUGGAGGCCUUUUUAUGGGUCUGAGCCUAAAAUUGAGUAAAAAAAAAAAGGUCUUCUAAAAUUUUUGGGUGCCCUAAAUUUGCAGGGCCCGGGACUAUAGCCCCCUAGCCAUCCCCUUGAUCCGGCACUGGUUUUUAUACUAAUAGGUAAACUUAGUUAAAUUACGCAAUAUAUAUAUGUUAGAUUACGCAAUAUAAUAUUAUAAUAGUCAAAAUUUUUUACUUUCUACAUUUGGUAUUAAGAGGUAAUUUUUCCACAUUUUUUUACUUUUUGUAACUGUUUUUAUACUAAUAGUUAAAAAAAUUUAUUUUUUAGUUAGGAAUAAUUAUAUUUGGUACUUUAUUUGGUAAUAAAGUUACAUUGCUUAGAUAAUUUAGAUAAUUUUUUAUAACUUAUACUAUUUCUUUUUUUAUUGAAGUUUGUAUAGUUUUUAUCU